AUGCGAAACAACACCGUAACUCCUUGCUCUCAUCUUCUCUCUCAAACAGAGCCGCUGCGCUCUCUUUUCUCUGCCUCAAAUCCCUCAAACAGCCAUGAAGGAUUCCCCUCUCCUCACCUCCUUUUCUCACAUUGCUCCGAUUAUUCGUCCUCAACCUCUUCGUCGAAUCAUCAACAUCACACCUCAUCACCACUCCACCAUUCUUUCAUCUUAUCUCACAAGGUUUGCUCGCAAUCAAAUAUUAUAACGAUAGGCGCCUGGAUGAUGAUAAAUGAAGGUUCGAUACUUACCAAUCAGAGUUCGUCAAAUGCGGUUUUAACGGAGAUGGUAAGGAGAAUACUAGGGGAAAUUCUUCAACGAUUCAGUGUUAAUGAAGAUGAUGAUGUGUGA